AUGGCGUUAAAUCGCAAGUAUUCCCAGCUUCCUGACCUGGACACUGCGCCGGACAUUUAUGAGACUCCUGAUCUCACAGACGACAACUCUACUGCACCACCAAAGACUACUCUAGGCCCUUCGCAGUCCGACUACGAUUUCGAUGACGAAGAAGACGAUGACCACCCUGGCAUCUCCCGUUCAAAGCUUCGGAUCGAAGAGGCGCGGAACCGCUUCUUUCCCGCUCAGGUAGAUGCUCGCGACGUCAACUUUUCAGAUCGCCUCGAUGGAAAACGGAAAUCAUACAAGGUCACCAGCCGCAGACAGCGAAUUCUUGAAAACGGCACAUUGGAACUAGGAGAUCUAAGUGGUGACGAGGAGGACGACGCCGAGAACCUGGAGAGAAAGAUUGCUCGUCUCAAGCGAGAAAUUGAAGAAGCCAAGGAAGAGUACAACAAACGAAAGGACUCUCCAGAUGGCGCACCACACGAGGACUUGGCUGAUUUGAGUACGGCCUUGGACGAAUUGACCAUUCCGACCAGCGGUUUGAGACAGCCCAAGUCGCCAGCCCAAAAUGUGGUCAAAGAACCAUCCGCAACGUCGGCUGCCAUUGAUGGUGCUACAUACACGGUGACAUAUGCGCCCGACUAUGAGCAAAGCCAUACUCUUGCAAAAACUGCAGAUUUCGACCGCCGCCUGGCACAACUAGAGACCGCCAUUGGUGUGACUGCAGCUUCCAUGCCGGGUCUGGACGGAGAUCGACUUCCUGGAGCAGUUGUUCCCACAUUGGAACACCUUCAAAAACAACUCACCAUUCUAUCACAGGCAUCUACAUCGUCCAUUGAUACCAUUAGCCGCAGAGUUCGAGAGCUCACCAAAGAGGCUGAUCAACUUGAAAAGGCAAGAAAGGCUGCCAAGGCCGCCCAGGAAUCCCUUGAAGCGUCGGGCGUUCAAACAUCGGAACCCGCGGAUGAGCAAACGGCCAAGAUUAAUGCACUCUAUGGAACUCUGCCAGCUAUCGAGAGCCUGGCUCCUCUUUUGCCGCCUCUACUGGAUCGUCUACGUUCUCUCAAGGCUAUACAUUCAAAUGCUGCCACAGCCAGCGAAACUCUGGACCGAAUUGAAAAGAACCAGAGCGAAAUGGCCGAGGACAUCAUCCAGUGGAGAGAAGGGCUCGACAAGAUUGAAACUGCAAUCAAGGCAAGCGACAGCUCAAUGAAUGGCAACAUGGAAGUUAUUGAUGGUUGGGUCAAGGGGUUGGAGGCGAGGUUGAGCAAGCUUUCCUAA